AUGGCGACUAUGAUCCAGAAACCCGUCUCCAACAUUGCUGCCGCCUUUGCUGCCCAGCAGGCCUCCUCCAACAUUUCCAUCGCCCACGACGGCGUCAACGCGGCCUUGACCGGCUCCCUGAUGACGCCUCCGUCUUCAAUAUCGCCGACCCUUCCAGCGCAGAAGCGCAGGCCGGCCAUGCCACUCGCUGGAAGGGUAUACACGCCGGAAACAAUGGACUUCGACCUGCAAGACGCGGUCGAGCACGCUGCGGCGCAAGAUCAGCCCUCGGCACUGUCCAAGGAGGCGCUCGCCGGCCUCGACGCCACGCGUCAAAUCACGGCUGCCAUGUUGGCAAAGCACUACCUGCCUGCCAUCAUCGCCGGCCACGGUGCCAUGCCCAUCCGUGAGAUGAUGGCACACCUCACCCAGUCGGUCCCUGGCUUCUCGGGGCUAGCACCCGCAAAGGCGAGGAGGCUCGUUGUCGCUGCGCUGGAACAUCGCGCUGGCGGCGGGAUGCACGGCGAAGUCAAGUUCGAGAAGGUUGGCUGGGGUAGGUGGAGCGUCGCUGGCUCAACACAGGCCCGCGGUCUGCCCAUCGGCAGCCUUCGUGCCUGCAGUGGAGCAACACCACCCGCCAGUGUGGACAGCACUGCUGGUGGACUGCAUAUCCCCAGGCUGCGUCAGGAGCGCGACGCGUACCAGGGCAGCUGGAAUGCUGGCUCGUGGUCGCCGCCUCACAAAAUGGCUGACGAAGACGAGGAGAUGGCCGACCAGAUGUCGCUCGACGGCUCCGACAACAGCACCGAUUCUGACUCGGCGUCCGACAUGGACCUCGGCGAAGACCUGGACGAUGACACCGACCAGGAGGACUGGUCCCAGAUGGGCCCACAGGUUUCGCGGGAGCCCCGCCGCGGUCCGCGGCGCGAGCAUCGUGACUACAACUACCUAAGCCGCACGCAGUCGAGCAACCCGCGCUACCGCAGCAUCUCGGCGCAAGGGCACUCGCUCCCACAAGGCAGCUUUCAGGGCGCCAUUUCUUCUCGCACCCCUGCUAUGGGCAGCACUCCUCUUCCUUCUCUCAAAUUUACUGCAGCACCUGGAGUUACCGGCUCUGGAGCUGAGCGUGACGCAAUUGAAGCCCUCCUCUCUAUGGGCUCUAUGCCUCGCGCCUAG